AUGGGGCCUGACAGCAUUUCUCCCCAGGGAUGCCAGUUAAAGGAUGAGAUGGGGCUUCAAGCAGGUGUCCAAAGUUUUCAGUCUGCAUGUUUGCAGGUACCUCCGAGAACAAUGCUGGUCUUCAGCACUCUGGGCCGGGCCCGGGCGCAUGUCACCUCCGCUAGUCCCAUGUGGAUUCUGGCCCGUCGAUGCCUCUGCACACAGGCACCCCCUGACUCCAGGUUCCACUCACCUCCGGCCCGUGAUUCUCAGCCACCGCGCAUCCUCAUCACAGGGGGGCUCGGCCAGCUCGGAAUGGGGCUUGCCAGUUUUCUGAGGAAGCGCUUUGGGAAGGACAACGUGAUUUUGUCAGACAUCAAGAAGCCAUCUGAGUCUGUGUUCCAAAGUGGCCCCUUCAUCUACUCGGACAUCCUGGACUAUAAACUCCUGCGGGAGAUUGUGGUUAAUCACCGUAUCACAUGGCUGUUCCACUACAGCGCCCUGCUUAGUGCUGUAGGCGAGUCCAACGUGACCUUGGCACGAGCUGUGAACAUCACCGGUUUGCACAAUAUCUUGGACGUGGCAGCUGAGCACAAUUUGCGGCUGUUUGUACCCAGUACCAUUGGGGCCUUUGGACCCAGCUCUCCCCGGGACCCAGCUCCGGAUCUGUGCACCCAGAGGCCUCGGACUAUCUACGGGGUGUCCAAGGUCCAUGCAGAACUUAUGGGUGAAUAUUACCACCACCGGUACGGGCUCGACUUCCGGUGCCUGCGGUACCCCGGUAUCAUCUCUGCUGACUCUCCACCUGGAGGAGGGACUACUGACUACGCGGUCCAGAUCUUCCAUGAUGCUGUCAAGUGCGGCUCGUUCGUGUGUAACCUGGAAGCCAACACCAGGCUCCCCAUGAUGUACAUUGACGAUUGUCUCCGGGCCACCCUGGAGGUGAUGGAGGCCCCAGCUGCAGCCCUGACCAUGAGGACCUACAACAUCAACGCUAUGAGCUUCAGUCCACAGGAGCUGGCACAGGAACUGACCAAGCACGUUCCUGGAUUCCGGAUCACCUAUGCCGUGGAGCCCAUGCGCCAGGCCAUAGCGGAGAGUUGGCCCAUGAACUUGGAUGACAGUUGCGCCCGCCAGGACUGGGGCUGGAAACACAACUUUGAUCUCCCAGAGCUGGUGACCACAAUGCUGAACUUUCGUGGUGCUCACAGCCAGUAGGCCAGAGCCAGCUAA